AUGCUUUCCAAGUUUACCUUUGCCAUCGUGGCACUUCAAGCUAGCCUUGCUCUAGCUGGCAACGCCGUCAUCGCCAACCGUUGCGACUACGACAUCUGGAUCUGGUCGACCUCUACCGGCCACGCCUCAACAUCUUUCAAAGUUCCUGCACGAAGCACCCACACCGAGGGCUACACCGGUUCCAGCACUGCUAUGAAAGUCAGCAAGUCAGACACUCUGGUCGCCGGCCAGCACACUCAGUUUGAAUACUCCAUCGCCGGCGGUCAACUCUGGUACGAUAUCUCCUUUGUCGACUGUGCUGAGGGCGAAUCCGCGUCAAACUGCCCCGGCCACGACGAAGGUCUAGCCAUGGAUGCUAGCGACAGCUCGUGCGGCAGCAUCGACUGCUCUGCUGGAAGCUACUGCCCUACGCAAGCCUACUACGUCGACACCCCCGUGCAAAAGCUGGGUAUCGCCGAGCCGGUCUUCAUGUGCCCCCUAUCUCUGGGCACCAACGUUGACCUGUACAUGAAGGUCUGCUCUGGACAGGCUCAGAUCAAGAGGAGCAUCGCUGGACGUAUGGAGAUUGAUGCCGAGGUUUAG